AUGGCUUCUUCAAGAUGGUUGAGACCUGAGGUGUAUCCACUCUUUGCUGCAACUGGUACUGCUGUUGGAAUUUGCAUCAUGCAACUUGCAAGGAAUAUCUACACCAAUCCUGAAGUGAGGGUUAAGAAGGAAAACAGAGCUGCAGGAGUGCUUGAGAACUAUGAAGAGGGUGAGAAAUAUGCACAACACAGCGUGAGGAAGUUCGUUCGUGGCAAAAAGCCCGAGAUCAUGCCUUCUCUGAACCAGUUCUUCUCAGAUCCAAAGUGAAGCAAGUGCAGAGAGCUUUCUACAUUGUUUCAUUAUGUUCUGAAAGUUGUUAAUGAUUGAA